ACAUCCCUCUUUCUCUCUCUCUCUCUCUCGCUGGCUGGCUCGUGUUGUGCGCGUACGAUAGCGGCGAAUCGAAGAAGGGGCGCACGCGCCCCGAACAACCCCCGACUAGUACAUACAGUGGGGCCGGCCGAGAGCAGACUCAUUACACGACGAGACCGCACCAAAGUUUGGAAAGCCAACGCUGGUGCCAGUAGCAGAUCAUUUCUGGGAACAGGAAUCCACUCCAAAUUGCAUGGGAUUAUUCGCUGUUGUCGACCGCGUGUACCACUGAAGAGCCCAAGACUGAGGAGAGCGAGAGAGAAUGCAGCGUGGAGCUCUGAUUGGUGCACUCUUGUGGGCUUGCGUGUUCACCGGAUUAGCUCAAGAUCCACCAACGGUGUCCGUGCAUCCGCGGGACCAGACGGUGCGUGCGGGGGCGAUCGCCAGCAUCUGGUGCCGCGUGAGCCCCACAGAGCCGCCGCCGUCGCUGUCGUGGAAGAAGAACGGCAAACGCAUAUCCAACUUCCAGUCGCGCUACCUGGUGAAGGAGUUUCCCUCGGGCGAUGGCAUGCUGCUGCGCAUCGACCCCGUCCGAAUGGCGCGCGACGACGCCGUCUACGAGUGCGUCGCUGAGACGCAGACCGGCGAGCAGAUUUCGGCCGACGCCUCCAUCACCGUGCUCGAUAACGAGAAGCUGCCCGGCGGCUUCCCAAAAAUAGGGCAGGUGCCGUCAACCAAAGUGGUGGAAUUGGGUCACGCAACAGUUCUGGCGUGCGACGUCACCGGCUCGCCGCCCCCGCUCGUCACGUGGCUGCGCGAAAUGAUGCCGCUGAACACGUCCAACCCGCGAUACACCGUCCUCGAGUCUGGCACGCUGCAAAUCAGCAGCAGCGAAGAGGAGGACUUGGGCAAGUACGAGUGCAUCGCACAAAACAAUGUGGGCACCGAGUACUCUCAACCAACAAUGCUCUACGUCAAAGUUCGCAGGGUGUUCCCCAUGUUCACGAUCCGGCCGAAGACGCUGUACGAAGUGAUGCUGGGCGCCGACCUGAACGUGACCUGCGUGGCCGUGGGCUCGCCGAUGCCACACGUCAUGUGGCUGCAGGGCAAGCAGGAAAUCAACGCGCACCAGCCGGUGGGCAAAAACAUUCUGCACCUAAAAGACAUCCGGCAGUCGGCCAACUACACGUGCGUCGCCCUCAGCGCACUCGGCUCCAUCGAAGCGCCAACCAUGAUCAAAGUGCAAGCCCUGCCGACAGCUCCGAGCGUGAAGGUGCUGGAGGUGGGGGCCACGGCGGUGCGUCUUGCCUGGACCUACCCUGAGGAGGAGGAGAUCCAGUACUACGUGAUCCAGUACAAGCCCAAGUUCGCGGACCAGGCGUUCUCUGAGAUCUCUGGCGUGAUCACCAUGUACUACACGGUGCGCGGUCUCAGUCCGUACACCGAGUACGAGCUGUACGUGAUCGCGGUGAACGCAGUGGGCCGCGGCGUCCCCAGCGACCCUGCCGUCGUCACCACAGGGGAAACAGGAGACUCGACGAACUCAGGAUCACGCUCUGGAUCAGCUCCGCGCAACGUGAUGGUCAGACCCUUAAGCUCGAGCACAAUGGUGAUCCAAUGGGACGAGCCAGACACGCCAAACGGCCAAAUCACGGGCUACAAAGUCUUCUACACGACCAACCCAGGCCAAGUGAUGGCCAACUGGCAGUCGCAAAUGGUGGACAACAAUCAGCUGACCACCAUAAGUGACCUGACGCCGCACACCAUCUACACCAUUAGGGUGCAGGCCGUGACCAACGUCGGCCCUGGACCUCUUUCUGCUCCCGUCCACGUCAAGACCCAGCAAGGAGUGCCGAGUCAGCCAAGCCACUUACGAGCCACGGACAUCGGAGAGACAAGCGCCGUUCUGCACUGGAACAGGCCGGUGCACGCCGGCGAGAAUAUCAUUAGCUACGAACUGUACUGGAACGACACCUACGCGGAGGAAAAGCACCACCGGCGCAUUCCAGUGAGUGAGAGCUACACCCUGACCGGCCUCUACCCAAACACUUUGUACUACGUGUGGUUGGCUGCCCGCUCACAAAGGGGCGAGGGAGCGACGACCAGUCCGACCCCGGUUCGCACCAAGCCGUACGUGCCUGGAUUGCCGCCGCAGAACGUGACAGCCGUGGCCGAGGGCUCCGGGGCCAUCAGGAUCAGAUGGAAGCCGCCCCCGCAGGACAAGCGCACCGGACGCAUCUACUACUACAAAAUUCAGGUUGUGGAGCAAUCACGGCCCGACUCGGAAGCGAUGACCAUCACCGUGAACGGCUCGAAAACGGACGUGCUGGUCGACGAGCUGAAAAAGUGGACCGACUACCGGGUGUGGGUUUCGGCGGGCAGCAGCCUGGGCGACAACCCGCCCACACCACCGUUAGUGGUGCGCACCGACGAAGAUGUGCCCGGCGAGCCGCAAGACGUGCGCGUCACCCCGAUCAACUCGACCAGCGUCAGGGUGGACUGGAAGCCACCGGUCGACAAGGAACGCAACGGCCUCAUUCGCGGCUACCACGUGCACGUGCAGGAGAUCAAGGACGAGAGCAAGAAUCUGCUGAACGAGCCGAUGCGCUUCGACGUGAUUGGCGGCAACAUGGAAACUUUCAACGUCACCGGUUUGCAACCAGACACCCAGUAUUCUGUGCAGGUGGCGGCUUUGACGAGAAAGGGUGACGGCGACAGGAGUAACUCGGUGAUGGUUCACACUCCUGGCGGAGUUCCGAACCGGCCAACCGUGAAUUUGAAGAUCCUGGAGAGGGAGCCGUCCGUGACGUUGGAGCUCGAGUGGUCUCGUCCCUCGCAGGCGUUCGGCGAGUUGCUCGGCUACCGGGUGAGAUACGGCGUCAAGGACCACGAGGACCGGGUGGAAGUGCAGAAGAACAGCCACACGUUCACGCACCGCAUAGAGCAGCUCGAGAGAGGAGUCGAGUACGAAUUCAGAGUGGCCGGGCAAAACACGAUUGGUUACGGCCAGGAGACCGUCAAGUACCUGCUCACUCCCGAAGGACCACCGACUGGGCCCCCCAUCAAUGUGACGUUCCACUUCCAAACGCCGGACAUUGUGUCUGUUCACUGGAAGCCGCCGCCCAAGGAGAGAAGGAACGGCCAGUUGACGAGAUACACGGUCCUCUUCCACAAAAAGCAGGAGGCGCCCAUUGAGAGGAACAUCACGCACAACAAGGCGGUUUUCACUGACCUGGAGGAGCACUCCGAGUACAUCCUUCAGGUGCGGGCGCACACCCUUCAAGGGCCAGGCCCGUACAGCGAGAAAAUGAUCGUGCGAACCGAACGGGACAUUGUGCGUGCACCAAUGUCCAUCAAAGCUGUCGCCACCAGCGAGUCGAGCGUCGAGGUUUGGUGGGAGAGCGUGCCCAGCAGAGGCAAAGUCAUUGGAUACCAGAUUUUCUACACGAUGACCGCGGUUGAGGACCUGGACGAGUGGCAGCACAAGGUGGUUGGUGUUACCGAGUCUGCAGAAUUGACUUCAUUGGAAAAAUACGCCCAAUACGCACUAGCAGUGGCAGCCAGAACCAAAACGGGUCUGGGUCGGUUGUCUGAAAAAAUUACGGUCAAAGUGAAGCCGGAAGACGUGCCACUGAAUCUUCGUGCGCAAGACGUGACGACGCACUCAAUGACCCUCUCUUGGUCGCCUCCGAUCCGGCUAAACCCAAUCAACUACAAAAUUUCCUUUGACGCAAGCAAGGAGUUUGUCGACUCGCAAGGCAUAACUCAAAUACAAACGAUCCCGAGGAGGACCAUCUUGCUCGAGGCCACUUCUAGAAGUUACUCCAUCAAUGAGUUGUCACCUUUCACCACGUACAGCGUCAACCUCAGCGCCAUUCCCUCGGACAGGCAGUACGUGCCGCCGACAAAAAUUGCUGUCACGACGCAAAUGGCCGCUCCUCAACCGAUGGUCAAACCAGACUUUUACGGCGUAGUCAGCGGUGAGGAAAUCCAAGUCAUUUUGCCGCAAGCCUCGGAGGAGUACGGACCAAUUAGUCACUAUUAUUUAAUCGUUGUUCCUGAUGUGAAAGAUGCUCCAAAACAUCCUGAUGCUAUUUUGACUGAUGAACUGGUUGAAAAACAACGAAGCAAGCAGGAUUUUGACAACAACCCUUACAUUGCUGCCAAAUUCCCGCAGAGAAACAUUCCGUACACUUUCCACCUAGGUAACGGUGAAGUUUAUGACGGCUUUAUAAAUAAGCGCCUGCAGCGAGGCGGCAAGUAUCGAAUUUUCGUUCGAGCUGUUGUGGACACUCCUCAAAAGCAUCUUUACACCUCAAGUCCCUUUUCCGAAAUGCUCUCCUUGAACAUGAGGGAAGUUCCACCAGGAGAGCCCCCUAGAAGACCCAAUCCAAACGUGCCGGUGGAGAGCUCAGAAGUUUCGGUGAACCGAAAUUUGGACGAGGCUGGCGUAUUUUGGAUCAUCGGCCCAGUGAUCGCCGCCAUCGUAUUGGCCAUGUGUCUGUUGGCCGGGCUGGUAGUGCGCAAGCAACGACAGCCGAGGAAGACACCUGAGCACGGUACCGUGACGCGGCCCCUGAUGACCGCGGAACCUUCCCCUGUGCCCACGGGGCCACCCGUGCACCCCCACGACCCCGUGGAGAUGCGGCGGAUUCAGUUUAAGACGCCGGCGAUGCUGGCCCAUCCACCUGUCCUCAUCAAUCAUCUGGCAUCACACGUUCAAGCACUGAAGGCAAAUGAUAACAUCAAAUUCUCACAAGAGUAUGAGUCUAUCGAGCCUGGCCAACAAUUCACGUGGGAUAACUCGAGUCUAGAGGUGAACAAACCCAAGAACCGCUACGCGAACGUGAUAGCUUACGAUCACAGCCGCGUCGUCUUGCAAUCUGAACCGGGUGUGCCAGGCUCUGAUUACAUCAACGCAAAUUUCUGCGAUGGCUACCGAAAGCCAAAUGCUUACAUCGCCACGCAGGGACCUCUUGCAGACACGUUCACCGCCUUUUGGAAGAUGGUGUGGGAGACAAAGAGUGGCUCCAUCGUGAUGAUGACGCGCCUUGAAGAGCGGGCCAGGAUCAAAUGCGACCAAUACUGGCCAUCCAGAGGGUCUGAUAACUACGGCCCUUUCACGGUCGCGGCGAAUGAUGUCCAGCAACUGGCGACCUUCUGUAUCAGAAGUUUCCAUUUGUCCAAGGUUGGCAGCACAGAGAGAAGAGAAGUGCGACAAUUGCAGUUCACGGCCUGGCCAGACCAUGGUGUCCCCGAGCACCCUGCUCCAUUCUUGGCGUUCCUAAAGAGAAUAAAAGCCCUGAAUGCGGCUGAAUCAGGACCAAUCAUCGUGCACUGCAGUGCUGGCGUGGGCAGAACUGGCUGUUUCAUUGUCAUCGACUCCAUGAUAGAGCGGAUGAAACACGAAAAAACUAUCGACAUUUACGGUCAUGUCACUUGUCUCAGAGCACAAAGGAAUUACAUGGUCCAGACCGAGGACCAGUACAUUUUCAUACACGACGCUCUCCUGGAGCACUACAUGUGCGGCAACACAGAGGUUCCUGCUAGAAGCUUGCACUCGCACUUGCAAAGACUGCUUGUUACUUCAGUUGCCCCUGACCAACCGACGGGCAUGGAGCUUGAAUUCAAGAAACUAAACAAUUUGUUGGCGGACGGCACACGCUUCGUCACCGCCAAUAUGAUGGUCAACAAACCAAAGAACAGACUGGUCCACAUCUUGCCCUACGAAUCGACCAGGGUGUGUCUGCAGCCGAUCCGCGGCAUGGAGGGCUCAGACUACAUCAACGCCAGCUUCAUCGACGGCUACAAAUACCGCGCCGCCUACAUCGCCACCCAAGGACCACUAGCUCACACAUCUGAAGACUUGUGGCGGAUGCUGUGGGAGCACAACUCCACAAUCAUAGUCAUGCUCACGAAGCUCAAAGAGCUUGGCAGGGAGAAGUGUUUCCAAUAUUGGCCUAACGAACGUUCAGUGCGGUACGACUGCUUCGUGGUCGACCCAAUUGCUGAGUACAAUAUGCCCCAGUACAUUUUAAGAGAGUUUAAGAUAACUGACUCGAGAGACGGCCAGUCCAGAACGAUACGGCAAUUCCAGUUUGUCGACUGGCCCGAGCAAGGUGUUCCAAAGUCAGGAGAGGGCUUCAUAGACUUUAUUGGCCAAGUGCACAAAACCAAAGAGCAGUUCGGCCAGGAAGGACCAAUUACAGUGCACUGCAGCGGCGGUGUUGGUAGAACAGGAGUGUUUAUUGCUUUGAGCAUAAUUCUGGAACGGAUGCAGUAUGAGGGGGCGGUGGACGUAUUCCAGACUGUCCGGAAUUUGAGAACGCAGAGAACAGCAAUGGUUCAAACUGAGGAGCAGUACCAGUUUUGCUACCGCGCCGCUCUGGAGUACUUGGGCUCAUUUGAUCAUUACACCACCUGAGACAUAGACGUUUUAGUCUAAACAAAUUAUUAGGCAUAACUAACAAAUUGGGCGGAGAAGCACAGCAGGGUUAAAUAAAACAAGUGAAGAGUAGUGGGUGAAGUGCUGGAAAGCAUAGUUUGGCGCCGACAAGAUGCGUCGCCUGCCAGGGAGAAUACAAACGAGAUCAAAUUUUGUAAAAUAUUGUAAAUUGAAUCAAUUAUAUCUGACAAUAAUCGCAGGUAGGGUCAAAAUUAAAAUGUUCAUCGUGGAGAAUCAAAGCCAAGUAAAACUCACACUCAAACUAAAAAUGCUUAUAUCAGGCGCAGUUUUAAUCAAAGUUUAUCUAUACACAAAAAUGUUAUGUUUUAAUUCUUGAUUUUGAUUUGACGCUUGGUGCGAAGAAGGUGAUUGUACAUAAUGUAUCUUUACAAUAUGCGCUGUUAUUUUCUCAAACUUGCUAUCCGUAGUUGGCCUUCAGACAGUGGAUAUACACACAAUGAAAAGCACGCAGCUAGAAAUUUGAUCAGUGCUGGGGCGCAAAUUACAUGCUAACGAACGAAAUGCACGAGCGUGCUGGCAAAUGAUAAUUAAUCCCAAGCAUGGUAGCUCAAGUUCCUCAACAACGAGGGAGUAAUUUUUCUACGAGAGAAUUAAAUAUACAAUGCUGUAUUCCAAAAUAAGUAUCGGAAAUGAUUGCUCGAAUUUUUAUCCUCACGAAAAGCUGGAAUGUUUAAUUUGUUUGCUGAUUGUCGUCUAAAUAAUGCUCUGUAGCCGUCCAACGCUGUAUAUAAGAACGUUUUUAUGUCGUUACCGCUCCAAAUUGUUUUCAAUGUUAAUAAAGUCGUUAUUUUAUAAUAAAUGUUUCAACAAUCGUUUAGGUUUAUAAUAAUUGUUCUUUGUACUGGGUCUUUCAACGGAUACCAGUUUGAAAUUACAAGAAAAAUAUUUUCUAUUUAAAUCAUUUGAUUUUUACCGAUG